AAAACUCCCACCGGAUCCACAUUGGGGAAGGAAGGAGGUGGAUAAGAGCAGAGAAAUGACUGUGGACUCACACCAUGGCAGAGAAGGACAAGGCCUUGUUUUCCAGGAAAUGGAUGAGGAUGAAGAAGAGGAGCGGAAUCAACAAAAAGGGAAAAUCUCACGAUCUAGAAGCCGACGAAGCUGGAUCUGGAACCAGUUCUUUGUCAUUGAGGAGUAUGCUGGUCCAGAACCAGUGCUCAUUGGAAGGCUUCACACUGACAUGGACAGAGGUGAUGGACGCACUAGGUACGUGCUGCGGGGUGAGGGGGCAGGGUCAGUGUUUGUGAUUGACGAGAAGACAGGCAACAUCCACGUAACCAAGCCCUUGGACCGGGAGGAGAAGGACGAAUACCGGUUGAUUGCCACAGCAACAGACAGUCAGACAGAGCGUGCCCUGGAGCCCUCCUCCCAGUUCAUCAUUAGAGUGCAGGAUAUCAACGACAACCCACCUGUCUUCGAGGAAGGCACCUACAGCGCCACAGUACCUGAGAUGGCAAACAUAGGGACCUCCAUCAUCCAGGUGACGGCUUCAGAUGCAGACGAUCCCACAUAUGGAAACAGCGCGCGGCUGGUGUACACGCUGGUUCAGGGGCACCCGCACUUCUCCGUGGAUGCUCAGACAGGCAUCCUGCGUACUGCAGUUCCAGAUCUAGACAGAGAAGUGCAGGAUCAGUAUCUAGUGGUCCUGCAAGCCAAAGACAUGGGUGGCCAUCUCGGCGGCCUGUCAGGAACGACAACAGUUACUGUACGAUUGACGGAUGUCAAUGACAACCCUCCUCACUUCGUACAAAGUUCUUGGCUAUUCUCUGUGUCAGAGUUGGCGGUGCCAGGGGCGGAGGUGGGUCGGAUCUCAGCAACAGAUGCCGACUUGGGAGACAAUGCCAAGCUAGAGUACACCAUCCUGGACGGAGAGUCAGGGGACACCUUUAACAUCACCGGAGCCAACCAAGAGGCCGUGAUCAUUCUGAACAAGGCAGUGGACUAUGAGAGCCGUAGCUCCUACUCUUUCUCAGUGGAGGUUCUGAACCCCAUCGUGGACCCUCGGUUCCUUCGGCGUGGGCCUUUCAAAGAUCGUGCUUCGAUCAGAGUGGCCGUGCUGGACGCAGAUGAGCCCCCUCGUUUCUCACGGACACGUUACAGAAUGGAUGUGUCUGAGAACUGCCCACCGGCCUGCACAGUGGGACGCGUCAGUGCCGUGGACCCAGAUACGGGGCUCACAAACAACAUCAGGUUCUCCAUCGAUCCCCAAUCUGACCCAGAAGCUCUGUUCCGAAUCACCCCAGACACCGGACUCAUCACUACAAUGACCGAGCUGGACCGUGAGCACGAGCACUGGCACAAUAUCACCAUCAUUGCCACACAGAGAGAUAACCCCAGCCAGGUGUCCAGGGUGGUAGUUGCUGUAGAAACGUUGGAUUUAAAUGACAAUGCACCCGAAUUGGACAGGCAGUACAACACGGCCAUGUGUGACUCAGCCUCCAUGGGACAGGUAGUGCAGGUGUUGCGGGCGAUUGAUAGAGACGAGGGAGGAAAUGACAGCACCGUCCAUUUCAACAUCCCUCCGGACUCCAACGUUGCCCUCAACUUCAGCAUCAGGGAGAGUGGAGGCCCCACUGCUAGUUUGGUGCUGGCGUCACCUUUGCAGACACUAUCUCGCUCUACUUCAACCUCGCUCACUCUCUACGUACCACUGGUCCUGAGGGACGGGGUUUCUGGCUUGACCAGCACGGGGACAGUCACAGUGUCUGUAUGUCCCUGUUUGAGGGGAGGAGCCCGGGCUGGAGAGAAAGAGAAGCAAAGUGAGGCAGAGUGGGACAGAGAGACGGUUUGUUUGCCCCAGCACUCCUCUUUGCCCUCCCCUGGACUCAGCACUGCCGCCCUGCUGGCCAUUUUAGCCUGUGUGGCCACUCUUUUGGCUGUCAGUGCUUUGUCUCUGUCCCUGCGAAGGCAGAAAAGGGACUCGCUCUCGCCUUUAGAAGAGGAUGAUGUAAGAGAGAACAUCAUCACGUAUGAUGAUGAAGGAGGGGGUGAAGCCGACACAGCUGCGUUCGACAUCACAGCACUGCAGAGCGCCCCACACAAUGCACGCAGUGGGUACCGCACCCUGGACAGCAGGAACAUACGUUAUUCACAACACAGUCAGGACAAGUCUCGGACGUAUGGCAGCUGGGUUCAGGCUGGAGCAAUGGAACCAGGGCAGUAUGCCAGUCAAGGAGCCCCUCUAUAUGGGCGUUUUUGCUACAGCAGCCAUACCCUCCCAGUGCUGCGUCGCUCACAGGGCCCCUAUGAGCCUGGUGUAUCUGAGUUGGCUUACCGCUUAACUGGGAAUCCACCAGACCACUCUCUAGUCAUUCAAAACCAGGCAGCUGUGGUUGGACCUCUGGAGCCCAGGGCUAUUUAUGUGCCAACAGCAGAGGACAGUCAUGGUUCCAAAGAAGGGACAACAUCUCAGGACGGAGCCACCACAUCUGAGGGAGGAACGCCAAGGAAGAAUGACUCAAAGGACGAUGCAAGCAGUGAUGCCCAACAGAGUCAGAGUCAAAGCCAGGAUAUGGAUUGGAAGAAUAAACUCAUCCUUACCUCCCGCUCUAACCCUCCUGCUCCUCCCCAUCCCCGACAGGUCCAGCCAGACAUGGCUCCCCGUGAACGAGAGCUGGUGUUGACCCGUUCUGGCUCAGUAGCUGGGCCAUGCCCCACCGGUGGUUGGGUGUGUGACUCCGCCACGCUGCCCCGGGCAGGGCGGCACUCCUCGCGGAGCAGUCUUUCCCUAAGUAGGACCGGCCCUGGACCUGCUGAAUCCAACCAUCCUGGGGUGGCGGACCCUCCCAACGGAAGCACAGAAAUGCAAUCGGUCAGCAACAAUUACGCCACCAUCCUGCAGGGGGAGCAGCAGAGGGACUACCCGGGGAAUCUGGGACGGAGCGGGCUGGAAAUGGGCAGCGGAUUUGUGGUGGGAAGGCCCGAGAGAGAGGCCAGCAUUCCACUGAGUGCUGGGAUAUAUCCGGAGGGUGGUGGUUUCAUAGGAGACUGGCACGAACGGGUGGGGAUAACCAGGUACCCGCUGGGCAGGAGGGAUAUGACUCCCCAGCUGCUUCCAUACCCCGGCCAGGGCCGGGGAGCUUUUGGGGGCAUCCUCGGUUAUGGUGGAGCAUGGCCCUGUGCACCUGAGGAGUCCGGAAGAGGGGCGCCCAUUGGAGGUGCUCACUCUCUCGCCCUAAGGGUUGGCGAGUUCCUGCGUCUGCGCCUUGCACAGGUGACUUUCGACCCCUCGCAGCCGCCAUACGACUCGGUGCAGGUGUACGGGCUGGAAGGCACAGGCUCACGCGCUGGGUCCCUCAGCUCCCUGGACAGCGAGGGAGGCAAAGACGCUGAGAAGGAGGUGUGGGGAUCAGGUCUAGAGGAUUGGGGCCCACAAUUCCAGAAAUUAGCCCAGCUCUUUAGGGAAAGGGAAAAGGAGAGUGGAGAAGAUAAAGAAGGAGAUGUAGAAGCCAGCAAAAAGCACAAAGAUAUGGAAUUUGAAAAGAAGGGGGAGCAGUCUGGAGACGAGGAGCAGGCGAAUGUCUGAGAGAGCGAGAAGGAGAGGGGUUGGGUGGGACAGUGAUUAAAAGGCAACAAGAGCUGGAAUAAUGAAAAGUGAAGGGUAAGGAUGGAGAGGAAGAGGUAAUAAGGGAAGACGGGGAAAAAUGAACAGAGAAAGCAAAGAUAGUGGAGAGAGUGAUUGAUGCAAUUUGAAGCAAUAAGUGCUGAGAAGCUGAUGUGUGAGCAUAGAGCGGUGUUUCUUUGGCCAGCAUUUAACAUUCCUUAAGUGCAUUUGGCAGUAAGUGAAAAGCAAAGUUCACUGUAUUCCAGAUCACAUUUAAUUAUGAUAGAGAAACUCGGAUUUUUGUGGCAGCGUGAAAGACAACGGCACAGCAGGGGAAUGAGAAAUACAAGGCCGGAAUAACAUAGAUGAAAAGGUAUGGCAACACACGAGGGAAUAGGAAUAUUUGUACAGAAAUUGUUUAUACAUCCACAAAAGCAAGAGAACUGAAUUAUUUGAAAGAAAACACUGAAUAUUACAGUAAAGUCCUGAAUAAGUGUCUGCACAUAGAUUCUCAGUGUUUACACAUACACACAGAUGAAAACAAACACACAUCAAUUUUAAACCCUGCUUGGAAAUUCUGCUUUGUGGAUGUCUUUUUGUCAGGGUUCAAAAUGACUCACAUUUUUGCCAAGAACAGAUUGUAUACGAAGUCGCUCAAGAAAAAAAAAAAAAAAAUGACAAAAUUAAAAUGCUAAAAUUGUGCAAAACAUAUGCACAAAUAAUCAUCACUUGUCAAAAAAAAAAAAAAAAAAAUCCCACAUUUAAAAAGUGAAGAUUUAUGAGAGCUGACAGGUCUGCUUCAGCUAGAAUGCACUUUUAUACAUGAUGUUCGCAAAUAAAUAACAAAUGUUGUUGUUGUUGUUUUUUUAUUGGAGGAAAAAAAAUAUUGAAAAAGAUGUUCUAUGUAAAUGCAUUUAAAUGUAAAUAUCACUGAAUGCCAUUGUGAAAAGUGACAACAGUACCGUAGUCUUCAAGUAAACAAAAAAUUAUAAUAAAAUGAAAACUGAGGAGAAGAUUAUACAGUAUAUAAUGCCACGAUACAGUAUGAAAUCCACAAUAUAACUGGAUUGACUGAAGCAGAGUAAACCCUGCCACAGUAUGUUUUGGGUUGUGUUGCUCUCCCCAAAAGGAACAUUUAUUUUUACUUGAAUUGAAUGCAGAAGCUACAAAUAAAUAUAUGUGCAGUCCUUUUCCUGGGAUGAGUUCACACACCUGAUUAAUCACACUGUCUCUGGCCACAAGGACUCGCUGUGACUGGACUCCACCAGAACCACUGUUUCACUGCACAAUCAUGCGCACCAAUACCAGGAUGCUUCAUGCAGUACGAACCCACGCUUAUCCCAAACAACCCAACAAAUGUCAUUCUUCAUCAAAAAUGUGAGCCUAAAAAGGUUAUAUGAAAUAUUAAUGUCUAUAUUAUUAUGUGGUAAAGAAGAAUGAUUAAAGAAAGACAUCACCUGGAGCUGAUUUGAUUAGGCCUAAAGUACUGUUCACACCAAGAACGAUAGCUUUAAUGAUAAUUACAUCAUUAGAAUCCACACUAGCACACAUUUAUCUGCAGUUUUAAAGCAGGAUUGAUUCUGAUUGGCUGUUUUUAUAUUGCAUCAGCUGAAAAAAAAUAUAUAGUUCUGAAAGUGAUUCCAACACUGUCAUCAUUCUGUGCCGUUAUUGUUAAUGUUGUGGUAUGGACUUAAUUCUUAUAGAAUUAGAAUGCUUAACAUUAUCGAAAUAGUUAUCGUUCUUGGUGUAAAUGGGUCUUAACAGUUCAAAGAAUUGAUUCCUUCCUGUGUUACUGCCUAUUUUUUUUUUUUCAGGUAGAUUAGGUCAAUUGUAAUCUGGGUGUGGAGUUACUGCAUUCAUCCUGGUUUCUGCUUUCUUAUUGGAUUGCAGUGAUGUGGCCCUGAGUGGGCCCCGUUGGUGCUGAGCUCUCACAAUGGUGUGUACUAAAAAUGUAUUUAUUCUGUUGUAUUUUUUCCUUUUCUUUUUUGUAAAUUUGAAUAAAGACAAUAUGUUUUGAGGUGAUAAUGUGUGUGUGACCUGAA